AUGGAGGCAAUAACUGCGGUUUUGGGCUUCGAAUGGAUCGACAGCAGGAGCCUUUUGAUAUUUCUGUUUGUCUUUCUGCUGUUGAGUGAUUAUUUAGCCAACAGACGACCAAAAAACUUUCCUCCUGGCCCCCAUUCCCUGCCUUUCAUUGGAGAUCUUCAUCGCAUCAACCCUUCCAGGCUUCACCUGCAGCUCACUGAGUUUGCAGAAAAAUAUGGAAAUGUUUUCAGCCUUCAUCUCUUUGGUGAAAGAGCAGUGAUCCUGAAUGGACACAAGCAUGUGAAAGAGGCCUUGGUCCAAAGAGGAGAUGACUUUGUGGAUCGUCCCAGCAUCCCACUGUUUGAACAGUUCUAUUCAAACAAAGGCAUUGUGGUUUCAAAUGGUUAUCCAUGGAAGCAACAGAGGAGAUUUGCUCUACAUACACUGAGAAACUUUGGUUUAGGCAAAAAGACGAUGGAGAAAUAUAUGCAGGAGGAGUGCCGCUAUCUCACAGAGGCUUUUGGAGAGUACAAGGUUAAGCCCUUUAAUGCCCAGGCACUGAUAAACAAUGCAGUGUCCAAUAUCAUUUGUUGUCUGGUUUUUGGGGAACGCUAUGAGUAUUCUGACAAACAGUACCAGCAAAUUCUCCAGGACAUUAAUGAGAUUAUGAUCCUGCAGGGAGGUUUUGCAGCACAGCUGUUCAACUCCUUUCCUUGGCUGAUGAAGAAACUUCCUGGACCUCAUCAGAAAAUAUUAACUCUGUUGGCAAAGUUAAUUGACUUUGCAAAAGUUAAGAUUUCAGAGCACAAAGAAAACCUUGACCCCUCCUCUCCAAAAGACUACAUUGACUCCUUUCUCAUUGAAAUGGCUCAGAAUGAAAACCAAGAGUCAAGCUUUGACAUAAGCAAUUUGUGUAUGUGCACCUUGGACCUUUUCAUUGCUGGAACUGAAACUACCACCACUACUUUACACUGGGGGCUGCUCUACAUGAUCUACUAUGCUGACAUUCAAGAGAAGGUCCAGGCUGAGAUCGAUGCUGUGAUUGGUUCAUCCAGACAGCCAUCCAUGGCUGAUAAAGAAAACAUGCCCUACACUGAUGCAGUUAUCCAUGAGAUACAGAGAAUGGGAAACAUCCUCCCCCUUGGUGUCCUCCGUAUGGCCAGCAAGGACACCACCCUUGACAAAUACACAAUCCCAAAGGGCACAAUGAUAAUCCCUACUUUGAACUCCGUUCUCCAUGAUGAGUCCAUGUGGGAGACUCCACACUCCUUCAACCCCAAACACUUUCUGGACAAGGAUGGGAAAUUUAGAAAAAGAGAGGCCUUCAAUCCCUUUGGUGCAGGUAAACGUGUGUGUCUCGGGGAGCAGCUGGCCCGGAUGGAGUUGUUUCUGUUUUUCACCUCCCUCCUUCAGAGAUUUUCCUUUUCAGCGCCUGCAGGAGAGCAGCCCAGUCUGGAGAACAGGAUGGGAGCCACUCGCUGUCCCAAACCUUACCGCCUCUGUGCUGUCCCGCGAUAA